AACAACUGCAAUACGAUCAUCCACCAUGGGCCAACUCAAAGACCUCCCACCCGAUCCUCCAGCCUCAGCUUGCUCCUCCACCCCGUAUCCUCUCCCAGAAGAUGACCUUCCUCCCGCAUACAACGAAACGGACGACCCAACACCCUACCGCGACGACCCGCUCUCCCCGCCGCAAGAGGCCUACACCAUUCCCGGCCACCAGCGCUACCACAGCAUCCGCGAGAAGAACCGCCACUCCGGUGUCGUCACGCAAGACUCGACCCUCUCCUCGGACCCCGAAGCCCUCUACAGUUUCAUCGACAAGCAGACUCGCCUGCCCCCGCGACCAUGCCUGAUCAUUGGCGGCCAGCACCACGAAAAGGAACGCCGCGGCAACGACUCCACCCGGAAGACCGUCUGCGACUUCAACUUCCGCAUCGACCUCACCCGCACCCUGCUCACCUGGGGGGCUGGUGUGCGCACCGGGCCCCUCCAGCGCUGGUCCUACACCACCGUCGUCAGCGACCACGAUAACCAGCGCGUGUAUCGCGGGGGACGCUGGCCCACGCGCGGAGCGAGCACAGCAGACACAGGCGGUCGCAUCGCGCUGCCCGACGCGAACUCCGAACCCGGCGAAGGCCAGGGACUGAUGGAUUUGGAGCCCGGCGACGGCGGCCAGAAUGAGGACUCUCCCGGGCUGCGGGGGUGGUGCCGGCGGUUCUGCAGCGACCCUGCGCCGGUCAAAUCAUUCACCUACCGAAGGAAUCUCAAUGGCUUCGACGCCGGCCCCAUGCGCACUAAGCUCAUCUCGCACAUCCGCUCCACGGGCUACCAAGGCCACGUGCACGUCUCCCCGUCGCUCGCGAACGGCAUGAUCACCAUCUACUCGCCGCACUGGAUCAACCGCCUGCGUAACCAUGGGUUCGUGUACUGGGCGUGCAUCAUCCUCCAGCUCUGGUUUAUCACCUGGCCCGUGAUCUGGUUUCUGGAGCGGCGCUACGAGGUGGUCCGGUCGGAGUGGUUUUCGUCGCAGCUCGUCUGUGAUCCGGCCCAUCCCGAUGGGCAGCGGAAGGUGUACGCCGGGAAUCAGGAUGAACUGACGGCGGCGGAGACGUGGGCGCCCGUCGUGCGGGAGGCGGUGUGGCAGGGGCGCAAGGGCGGAGACAUUCUCGGGGAGGAGGAGGUGGAGCGGCUGCGGCGGCUCGGCAUCCAGCGGAGGGAGGCGGUCGGUCAGGGCGGUGAGUUGAUCCGCCGCGGCCAGGCGGUGCUGGGCUUGAUGGGCAUUCGCAAUAUUGGCGGGGUUGAUGUCACCGGGGCAUGGGGGGCAGAUCGGUGUUGAUUCGUUGUAU